AUGGCUCAACAACAUGCAAACGGCUUCACAUGGGCCAGCGACGGGGAGGGAGUGGAGUUGCCAGCAUCGCGGUCCGUGGGCGUAGAAAUUGGCAUACUGACGUCUGCUUACCGUGACGUGGGAUACGUAGAUGAGGAUGAAUGUUUAUACAUUGUAGACAGGAUUAAGGAACUAAUCAAGUAUAAAGCCUAUCAGGUGGCGCCAGCUGAACUGGAGGCGAAGCUCUUACAUCAUCCUAGCGUGGCAGACGCGGCUGUCAUCGGCGUCCCGGACGAGGAAGCUGGAGAACUCCCCAAGGCGUACGUCGUGCGCAGCGACCAGAACCUCCUAGCGGAGGAUCUGCACAGCUACCUACGAGAGCACGUGGGGCCGCAGAAGCGUCUGCGAGGAGGCAUCGAGUUUGUCAGCGAGAUUCCCAAGUCGGCAUCCGGAAAAAUUCUGAGGUGACAGCUCCGCGCGAGAAACAAGAAGCUGUCGCGUUUGUGAAGCGGCCAUGUUGUUUGUACGGAG